CACACACAAUCAAACAGUGGUGGUGGUGUGAAUUUUUUUUUUCAUUUUAUUUAUCGGAAAGAUAAAUUUCAUUCAAGCAACGAAAUUUAUUUCUUGCCCCUCACUUCUAGCAAAUCAUCGGAUAUUGAACGACGACGACGUUGACGACGAUAUUCUGCGACAUUUUUUUUCGCCUUUUUGCUAGUGUUUUUUUUUCUCAACUGUGAUUUCGGUGCUAUAGUAGAAGGAAAAAAAACGCUGUUUUUCAAUAUUGUUGGCCUUUCAAAUAUAUUUAGGAGAUUUUUUUUCAAUUAGGAAUUUAUCCAUCCACAAUCAAUUUAGUGAAAAUAUUUUCUUUUUUUUCAAAAAAAUUUUGUUAUCGAAUGAAAAUUGAUGAUCAUUAUGUCAACAACGGCAACGGCAGCCACAACGAUAACAACAACAAACCAUCAUCAUGGCCAUGGUCACCAUAAUCAUAAUCACAAUCAUCGCCAUCAUCAUCAACAUCAACAUAAUAAUGUGCAAUCGCAACAACAACAACAAUAUUCUCGAAAUGUGAUUGAAAAUGUAAUUAAAUCAUUGGAUCAAUUAAUAUUGGCACAAAAUGUUAAACAGGUGCUUGAACAUAAUCGACAGAUUGCUAAAUUAUUACAUCUAGAUGAUGAUGAUGAUGAUGAUGAACGAAAUCAGAAUGAUGAUGAUGAUGAUCAUCAUCAUGAUUCAUAUGGUUUGCAGAAAUUUUUUCGUUUAAAAAAUGCCUUAAAUGUUAAAACAGUAUCAAAAUGGAAUCGUGUUGCAUCUAUAUUGAAAACAUUGGAUUCGAAAGCCAAUCAAAAAGAAUAUUCAUCAAUUCGUUCAAAUGUUCAGGGUCGAAAAAUUUUAGUCAUCGGUGGUGGUAUAUCCGGACUUCGUGUUUCCAUAGAAUUAUUAUUGCUUGGAGCCAAAGUGCUUUGUGUGGAAAAACGUGAUGAAUUUACUCGAAAUAAUGUUAUACAUUUGUGGCCAAAUGUCAUCAAUGAUAUGUGUACAUUCGAAGCGAAACGUUUUUAUGGAAAAUUCUGUGUCGGUUCCAUUGAUCAUAUAUCCAUUCGACAGCUACAAUUAAUCUUGUUGAAAAUAGCCAUUAUUUAUGGAUUAAAUUUCUAUACAAAUACAACAUUUUCGGAAAUUUGUCCACGUAUUAUUGAACCAAGAUUUGGUCGAUGUUCACAAUCAACAUGUGAUUGUUGUUGUCAUCAACAUGGUUUUGGUCGUCGAGGAUCCUAUGCACAUUUUUCACAUACAUCUGUACAGGAUCAAGCUUCACAUUCGGCUGCCAAUUAUUUGAAUCGACAAUCAUUCGAUGUAAUCAUCGGUUGUGAUGGCCGACGACAUACAUUUAGUCGUUAUUUUCGCCGUAAUAAUCGUCGUGGAAAAUUGGCCAUUGGAUUAACGGCAAAUUUCAUCAAUCAUCGUACAGAAGAAGAGGUUCAAUCCGAAGAGAUAAGCGGUACAAGCCGUAUAUAUCAACAACAAUGGUUCCAAAAUCUACAGGAUGAAACUGGAAUUGAAUUGGAAAAUCUUGUCUAUUAUCGUGAUAAUACACAUUAUUUUGUUAUGACAGCAACAAAAGCAUCAUUACUGUUACGUGGUGUUCUCAAAAUCGAUCAUAGUGAUUCUCAUCAACUUUUAUCGAUGAAUAAUAUUGAUACACAAAAAUUAAUGCGUUAUAGUAAAGAUGCGGCUGAAUGGUCAUCAAAACUUCGACGAUUAGAAUUUGCACGUAAUUCAAAUAAUAUGCCUGAUGUUGCAUUAUUCGAUUUUACAUCCAUGUACUCAGCAACGAAUGCAUCAUGUGCAAAAAAAAUUCAUCUUCAUUGUUGUGAUACACCUGUUGUUAUGAAUGACAAGGAAAAUUCUCGUUAUAUGUUAUUAUUAUUAUGCGGUGAUUCAUUACUAGAACCGUUUUGGCCAACUGGUAGUGGUGCUGGUCGUGGAUUCUUAUCGGCAUUGGAUGCUGCAUGGACUGUUGCACAAUGGUUUUCAAAUGUUGAUGAUAGUUAUCCAAUUGAUUCAAUGCUCAAUGUAAUUAGUAAACGUGAAUAUGUCUAUAGAUUAUUAGCACAAACUAGUCCCGAGAAUACAACAAGUAAAAAUUUCACUAUUGAUCCACAAUCACGUUAUAAAACAUUAAAUAUUCUCAAAAAUGAUACAUUAAAAGAGAUGAAAGAUCAAGUUCGUCAUCUAAUCAUUGAUAAACCAGAUAUUGACAUGAAAAUCUAUCGUAUUAGUAAUGAAGCAAAACGUGCACGUCGUGCUACCGUCGGUAUUGAUCCAAAUGAUAUAUUGAAAGCAAAAAAUUUACCAGUCGAUACAAGUAAAUUGGAUGAAUUUGUUGUUCAAACAUCAAAUCAUCACCAUCAUCUAAUGGAAUAUCAACGUAAUCAUCCUAUCCUAUAUUCAGUGCCUUCAUCUGAUGCAUUAAAUAAUAAUAAUAAAAAUUAUAAUCGACAACCUCGACAACACUGUGAUAAUAAUCAAUCAAUCGAUAUUCAAAGUGGUAGUCGUUCACCGAUUGAAGUUGUGCAAUUUCUUCCACGAAAUCAUUCGAAUACAACUGUCACAACAGCAGCAACAAACAUUAAACAGAAUAAUUUACCAAGACAUUUAGAUGUACAACCAAGAAAUGAUCGAUUAAUGUCAAAUAUGGCUAAAAAGAAUCAUCAUGCACGUAAUCAUUUUUUUCAUGAUGAACAACAACGUUCAAAUUGUUCAACAUCAUCAUUGUCAUCGAUUUCAUCACAUCAAUCUCGACAUGAUUGGCCAUCGUCAUUAAAUCAUAGAAAUAAUGAUGGUGGCGAUGAUGAUGACCAAAUCUCUAGUCAUGAAUUAAAAGUCAACAAUAAUCGUAGUAAAUACCAUAAACAUAGUGGUCAUCAUCAUCAUCAUCAUGAUGAAUCAGCUGGAUAUGAUAAAGAAAAUUGUCCAAUUCCAAAUUUUAAACAAAUGUUUCUUCUCGAUGAUUAUGUUGACGAUGAUGAUGAUGAUGAUGAUGGUAAUCCCGAAUGUUCCACACGAAAUUAUCCACAAUCUAAAUCAAAAUCAACAUCAUCAGUGAAAAAUCGUAUAAAUUCAAUAUCACAGCCACAAAGUAUGUUUGGACAAUUGAUUGAUUCACGUCGUAGUUUGCAUGAUUUUGAAAAAUCACUUUCAAGAAAACCGGUAAAAAAAUCAUCCGAUAUUAUGGAAAAGGCACAAUUUUUGGAACAAAAAUUUGAAGAACAUAAUCGUUCAUAUGUACCGAAUUUGAAUCGUGUUGGUCGUAUUGAAGAAGAUGAUUGGAAUGUUAAAAUAUGGAAUGAUUCGAAUCUAUUUGCACCAAAAGUAGAUAAAUCCGGUCGACCAUAUGUAGGUGAAAAUAGCCGUGAUCUUUUGCAAUCUAGAAUUGCACAAUUGAAUAAUAAUUUUGAAUAUAAUCGUCCAAUGGUACCGAAAAGAUUUCUAUCGACAACGAUGACAACGACUACUGCAAACAGUGGGAAAAAUAAUGAUUAUGUUAAUAUGUUAUCGAAUGAAGUUUGUCAGAAAUUAAAUUCUGCAACAAGUGCUAACAGUAGUGUUAUGCAACAAUCGAACAUUAUUGAAACGACAACUGGACAAACAUCAUCAUGUCCAUUUGGAGAUGCUACAGAUUCGGUGAAGAUUAGUAGUGCAUUUCGUGAUCCGUCUACUGCUACUGCCAAUAUUCGAAAGAUGCCCGGUUCUGAUCUAUUAAAACCAAUUGGUGAUUGUCGUCGAUGUUCAAAAACAUUGAUAGCAAAUGAUCGUGUUACCAUUUUAGGUAGAAAUUUUCAUAGAAAUUGUCUCACCUGUAAAAUUUGUAACGUUAGUCUUAGACAUGAUGAACUUAUGGCUUCUAUCGAUGAUUUUAUUUGUAAAAUUUGUUCAAAAAUUCGAUCUCGUCAAAUCGUAGAUGAUGGUAGCUUCAAUUCGAAUAUUAUGACCACAAGUAGUAGUGGUGUUGGUUCUAUUUUUGGUUCAUCAGUGAUUGAUAGUAAAAGUGUAUCUCAAACACCGCUUAGUUCAUCAUUGAAUCUAUCAUUGAUGGAAGCAAAGAAAAAUUUCUUGGAAAAUGCUCAACAAAUUGAUCUACGUGAACGUGCUGAAUUUGAACUUGUCAUUAAUGAUAUUAAUGAUGAUGAUGUUGUAACCGAUUCGAAUGUAAAUGAACCUGCUGAUGAUGAUGAUGAUGAUGAUGACUAUUUCGAUGGAGAAGAUAAUGAUGACGUUGAUGAUGAAUUCUGUGUUGAAAAUGAUGAUGACAAUGAUGAUGAUAAUCAAGUUGAUGAAACAGAUGAAUUGAAUCUAAUACAAAAUGAUGAUAAUAAUGAACAACAACAACAACGACAACAAUCAUCUGAUUUAUCAGAAAGUUCAGAUAUUCAUUGUUCAAGUGAUAAUUAUACAGAUGAUGAACAAUCUUCGGAUUCAUCGUCACCAAAACGACAAUCAUCAUCAUCAAUGAAAACAGUUCCAUUACCCAAAUCAUCAUCAUCAUCACCAUCAUCGUCGUCGUCGUCGUCAUCUUCAUCAUCGAAUGAUAAUAGUUCGCAAACAACAGCUAGCCACAAAGACAUUAUUGUUGAUAAUAAUAAUGUCGAUGAUUUUGGAUCCGGAUUUACGAGCUUGAUUGGUACAACAACAACAAAUACUCCAACAACCGUUACGAAUGAUUCAUCAUCCAUAUCCAUUAUGACUAAUGAAAUUAAUAAUGCCGGUGAAGGUUGUGUCGAAAUGAUCUCGUCAUCAACAAAUUCCAAAAAUUCUAACAAUUCCACAUCAUCAUCAUCAUCAUCAUCAACAUCUGAUCCAUUAGCUGCUUUACCAUUGCUUCAUGAAUCUACCAAUGCUUAUUAUGAUUCAGAAGCUUCAAUUAACAUUGUUGAUGAUUAUAAUAAUGAUGAUGAUAAAAAGAAAUCAUCAUCACCGACAACAACGGCAGAAUUGAUUUCUGAAUCAAUUGCAAAGUCAAAUCUAGAGACUAGUUGUCAAUUUGCCGAUGACGAUGAUGAUAACCGGUCAAUAAGGAAAUCAUCAUCAUCAUCAUCAUCAACAUCAUCUAUGAAACUUCACUUACCCAUUAUUCGAUCUGCUGCUGUUGCUUCUUCACCACAAUUUAAUCAAUCACAAAACCAAAGAAUCGAUAAUAAUAAUAAAUCACCAGAAAUGAAAAAAGAUUUAUUGAUUUUUAAUUUUAAUAGAAAAAAAGAACCACCGAUAACAGCAGCAACCAUCACCACCGAUUCUGUCAGGACAGAAGGACAACAACAACAGCAACAAGACAUGAAAACAAUGGCCAAAACGAUGUUGAUUCGUGAUGAUAAUAGCGGCAGCAGCAACAACAAAAUCAAUAAAAAUAAAUUUCAUGGUUUUCAAUCUUCAACAUCGAAAAUUAUGCCCAGAAAUCAUCAUCAUGAUAAUCAUUUGAGAAAAAACAUCAAUACUGGAAAUGGAACCGUCGUCGGUAGUGGUGGUACACAAAUCAAAUCAACGACAACAACAACAACAACAACAAAACCAUCGAAUAUACCAACAUAUCGUUAUGCUGGUCAUUUUACCGAAAAAUUUUAUCGUUCACAAUCACAGCCAAGUUUAUUGUUACAAAUGGAUCAAAUUGGCAAUAAAUUGAAAAUGAAACGAAAUGAUUCACCAAUUACUACGAUCUUGGAUACCACCGCUAAUAAUAUUGGUUCGACAAAAUUAUCAUCAUCAUCAUCGAUUCCAACAGCAACUUUGGCAACAAAAUCAUCAUCACGAUCAUCAAGUAAAUCACAAAUGGAUCUAUUACCAUUUGUUGAUGGAUCACCACCGAAAAAUGAUGAUGGACCAACAACAAAGUGUACACCGAAAACUAAUUUUAACAAUAACCGAACCACCACCACCAUCAACAACAACACCAAUAAUCAUCUUGUUGAACCGAUAAAUUCAAAUACUAUAAAGCCACUUACUCAGGCUCCAUUUGCUCGUAUUGAUGAUGUUUGAUUGAUUGAUUUUUUUUUAUCUUUUACAUUCUAAUCACUGAUGAUUCACGCGGGAUGUGAUGGUGAUAAUUCUGUCUGUUUUUUUUCACAACUUUAUUCAAAUCAAUCAAUUUUAUCUAUUUUACAAUACUUUUAUUUUAACGUUUUUUCUUUGCUUG